GGCAAUAGUCCAACCCCUGUCUCUCGUCCUCGAAGCUGCGGGGUGUGCCAUUUCGCAUUUGGCAAUAAGAUGCGCUCGUGUCGCAUGUGAUUAGUCCCGCGGCUGGCUGUCUCUGAGAUUCUUUGUCACAUUCCUCAUACUUACCUCAAACUCAAUUCCAACAACAUCACAACUCCCACACACAGUUUCUCCCAGACUCACCCACCAAAGCCCCCGAAAAUGCCACCUUCUGCACCCCGCAACCCGGCACCCUCCCCGCUUGCCAGAACCCUACUCACCUUCAUCGGCACGACGCGCGCCGCAUUCGGCAUCUGCUGCCUCGUGGCACCAGAACUCGCCUUCCAGAUCGUCGGCCUGUCAUCCCCGCUCUCGGGCGCAGCAUCGCUCAUCGCGCGGCAGUUCGGCGUGCGCGAGAUUGUCAUCGGCGCGGGGCUCGUGGUCGCCGAGCGCCAGCACACCACUUCUAUUGCUGCUGGUCAAGGAGACAGAGACAGCAGGGGACUGAAGCGCGCCAUCUGGCUGAGCGCUGCGACGGACGGGCUCGAUCUUGUUGCGUUGGGGUUGGCGUUUGCGUUUGCGGAGGAGGGCGUGUUGGAUACGCCCAUGCUUUGUAAGAUGGCAGAGACCGCGGCGCUGUAUGCUAUUGCGGGUUUGCAGAUCGCGUGGUGGUAUCGAUGAGUGCUUCGUGGUUUGGGAGCUUUGGGGAGGAAGGGGGGGGAUUGGUCUCACGCAGCGCAGCCGACUGAGAUGCAGUCAGUGGCAGAGCGGCCGGUGGCAGGCAGGUCGUCGAGGGCCGAAACACCGACUCGAAAGCAUCGGGACGUGGUUGGCAUGGUAUCGGGCGGGUGCCGGUUACGUAUCAUUAUUGAAACCGGGCUAGGGCCGUUCGGUAGGUGCACCACGGCCUUUUGAAUCUGGUAUCCUAUAGCCCCUUGGGACUCACGGAACAGGAAAAGGGAAUAUUGGUUUCGUCGGCGUUUAUUUCGGAGAGUCCAUCAUGAUGAAUAUACCACUAUUUAUAGGAA